ACAACUGUAAACUGUCAACCAAAUAAACUCAAUUAAUUUUAAUAAAAUAAAUAAGUUGAUCUUAAAAGUUUUUUUUUUUAUAUAUAUAUAACAAUGGCAGACGAUAUCGAUAUCGAUGAUUUACUUGAUGAAGUCGAGACGAAAUUUGUAAGAGGAAAAUCAACGGACAAGAAAAAUGCCGCAGUGAAAUCUUCCAGAAAAAAAUCAGAUGAUUACGACAUCGACAAAGUGUUAGAUGAUAUAUGUGGGGAUACAGACCAACUGGAGAAGUGCAAUAUAGUCAGGAAUGUACCCAGCAAUUUAUCCACGUCAAGACCAAAACCUUCCAAAUGUUUCCCAUUAUGCAUUGGAGGGUCAUCAUUAGCACUUGGAAAAAGCACAUCUGUGAACAAAAGAUCCUGUGAUACACUACGAUGUACAAGCUGUGAUUUUCGGGUGGUUUCCUUUAAUGACUUCCAGUGGCAUAAAGAUACAGACUACUUGUUUCUGAGAAACAACGCACCAGACUUUGACAGACUCAAACCGAAACUAAAGUCUAAACAGGCAACUCUUUUUUACUCAGAAGCCGGAGAACCAGAAAAAAAACUGGACCAGUCCAGUAUGGUGACCAAACUCACAUGCUUCCUUGAACAAGGAUUGAACCCGGGUCGCCCAGGGAGCCGAUCCUACUGCUGCCAGUGUUGUCACAUGACCAUGGAUUCUCUCACAGAAAUCAGGGAUCUCCCAGUGAAGUGGGUCUGUGGUAACCACUGACCGAACACAGAUCAUAGUGUGUGAUGUGUGACUUAGGGAUUGAGAUAGUGUGAUCUGCCAUUCAUUGCCUUCAAUAGCCAUGUGGUGAUUGGGAACAGUGAUACAGUCUAUAUACAUUCCAAUACUUCCAGACAUAUAAAAUAAUUGAGCAGAUGGCAGGUAAAACUUGUAUCAAAGGGAUUAAAUCACAGAGCAUGUUAUGAGUGAAAGUUUAGGAUUAGCUUGGAUAAUUUAUGAUAUGACUUCAUGGUGCAAUUAUUUGUAAACAAUUAUGUUUCAAUUACACAUAUAAUGUAGAGAUCACAUGCAAGAUUUAUUGGAUCAGGUUGUUAUAAUGAAACAGACAUUAAUCGCAGUGAUUUUUUUUUCAAACCAAUUUGGGACCAUAAAUCACAAGAAAAGCUAAAAAGUACCUUAUGAACAAAUCAAAAUUCACAAUUUCUGCUUAUAAGUGUUUGUUUGAAUUCUAUUUUAACUGAAAUUGGACCCAGGCCCAUUCACCAAGGACUGGAUUAUGACACUUGAUCAUGUGUUAAUAAUUGGCUUACCUGCUUGCAUCUGUAUCUGUCCAUUUGUUUGUAUAAGACUUGUAAAUGCAUUUAUUGCAAAUCCGUCCAUUGGUUUAUACAAGAAAUGUUACACAUAAUCUGUGUUGUUUUUAGCUCACCUGUCACAAAGUGACAUGGUGAGCUUAUGUGACCGUGUGAUGUCCGGCGUCUGUAUGUGCGUGUGUGCGUGCGUGAGUGUGUCCGUCAACAAUUUGUUUGUGUAGAGGUCACAGUUUUCAUCCAAUCUUUAUGAAAUUUGGUCAGAAUAUUUAUCUUGAUAAAAUCUGGGUUUUGAUUG